AUGUAUCAUCUGAUCUCUGUUAUCCAGGAAGUAAUUAGGAACUUGGUGAAGAGGUAUGUGGCAGCCAUGAUCCGAAGCGCCAAGACUGAUGAAGGCCUGACAGAAGAAAACUUCAAAGAGCUGAAGCAGGACAUCUCCAGCUUCCGCUACGAGGUGCUGGACCUGCUGGGCAACCGCAAGCCGCCGCGCCGCACCUACUCGUCCAGCAGCGAGGCCACGCAGCAGGACGACGACCCCGCUGAGGAGCUCAAGACCAAAAACCCCAAAGGAGGCGUCUCCUUCGGCCUCUCCUCCUCCUCGGGGAAGAAGUCGCGGGACCACGAUCGGGACUCGGCGGAGUUUGGCGUGUCAGCGUUGUUCCGCUCCAUGUCGGGCCCCUCGAUGUCAGUGGAGGGCCCCCUGUCGCCGGUGAUGCCCAUGCCGAUGAUGAUGGUUCCGACAGUGCCGGCAGACGAUAAAAAACCAAAGAGCAACGGGCUGCGCAAGUUCGCGCCCUCUACGUCGUUCAUGCGCAACAGCGGCAGUGGUGGCGGAGGCGGAGGAGGAGGCGGAGGAGGAGGCGGAGGGGGGCGGCUGCAACGCUUCUCGCGUUCCAAGAAGGACUCUCUGCGGCGACUGGGUCUGCUGUUCUCGCGCAUGAACGGACACCUGCCCUCCAGCGAGCCGCCGCCCUCCUCCUCGCGCUCCGCGUACAGCAUCUCGGACGGCGUUGACCUUCACGUGACCUCUGACGACCCCGACUUGCCGCAGGUCACGCGCAGCAGCAGCGGCAGCGACCUGCACCGCCUCAGCGGCCUCGGGGUCGGGGUCGGACUGGGACUGGGACUUGCGAUGGACGAGAUCGGAGCGGCACAAGCUGACUCCAUCAGCACCAGUAUCUCCAUCACCGUCCCCAUCACCACCACCACCCGCAUCAGCAUCAGCAACAGAGCAGGCAGGCAGCCACUGGCCCUGGGCACCCUACACUGUGCUUCCAGCAUCACCGCCUCCAGCUCCCGACUGCUCAGCUCCAGUGAGGACAUGUGCGAAGGCUGGGUCGGGCCCUGUGGCAGCCUGGGCUCUAUCAGCAGCUGGGCAGGGGACCAGGAGGAGUCCGUCACCACCCAGCUAUGA